ACACACUUGCCAAAUUACGAACACAGCCUAAUUUGCUUACACAAAAAACUGAAUAAGCGUUCUUCUCAGUUGUAGACAUCGUAUCGAAUCAAAGUUUAAACUCAAUCCAGGAUUUUGGUGACAAAAAUAUAACAAUUCUGUACCGAAUUGGUCGGUAAUUAUGGAAAUUGAAAAUGUCUGAACGCAAAUGGGACAAUUUUUGCUGGAAAUGCCAUAAGGAUAGCUAUGACGAAGUGUCUUGUUCAAAAUGUGUUUUGUCAUUCCAUAAGAAUUGCAUUGCUGAUCAAAAUCGAUGCAAGUCUGGCUGGCACUGUCCAGAGUGCAAAUUGUUAGCAGAGACGGAAAAAAAUAGAAGUUUGAAUGACAACGACUUGGAUGAAUUGCUUAAACAUUGUGUUGAACGGGUUAGCCAUAAGUCUGGCCGAUUCACCGUCCCCAAUGGUUACACGACCAGCAAACACUUGAUCAAUCCGAUUACAUUUCAUGAGAUUUUGGAAAAAACUAAAAAUGCGGAAUAUUCAAGCGCAAACGAGUUCUUGCUCGAUUUCAAAUGGCUGCAGCAUAACUGCUACAUCCUUAAGAACUAUUGCAAGAAGGAUGACAAAGAUGCGAAGAAAGCGUACGGUGAAACACUUGAAAAAGCAAAAGUCUUAUUCAAACAUUGCGAAGAUGAAGUGAGAGACCUUAGACUUUGCGGCGACUGUUACAUAAGAGGCGAUCAGGAGGAUGCCUUCAUAAGCGUUUGCUCCGAGCCACAUCUAGUUCUAUGGGCCAAAUAUGCGACAUAUCCAUAUUGGCCUGCAAAACUAUUCAAGAUACAUGAAGGUCGCAAGCCACUUGAAGUUUAUUUCUUCAAAGAGUACAACUCUGCGCGCGUCUCGUAUGAAGACUGUUUCCUCUAUUCGAAAGGAGAUCCGAACAUUUAUUUCACCGACAAGGACAAGGCAGGCAUUAGUGCCGCCGCAGAGGAGGCCAACCGAUACAUUCAGAAUAUUGAAGCGAAAUUCGGUACCGUUCGACUACCGGUAAGAUUUACCAAACCAACUGCAGGCGAACUAUUUACGAAACAAUUGGAUGAAAUGAUUCCUGGUUUUCGCAACCCAGAUCAACGCACACUGCACAUUGACCAUGAUACGAUCGAAAUUUCUCAACCGAAUGACAAUGAUGCCAGCAAUUCCGAUAAUGUCAAAAGUGAACAAGCGACAACGACUAUUCAAUCCAACGAACGUGUAGAUGUGAUGAUUGCAUCGCAACAACGUUCUAUUCCGGUGACAAAGACAUUCCUAGAAAAAGUACACCAAUACCGUGAAAACAUUGCCGCACUGAAGGCGGAAUAUCAAUUGCAAAAGGAUACAAUUAUUCAAUUGCAGACCGAAAUUGAAUCGAUGAAAAAGGAGGUGGUUCACGCCAAAACGCAUAAUUGGUGCACCAAAUGUCUACAGCAAAUCCAAACUGACAAUGCAACAUUGUGCGAGAAAUGCAUCCAACUGCAUGUAACACCUGUUGAACAGAACAUCGAAGCGGAUCCUGAAGUGUAAUUUUUCGUUUAGAAAUGUUGAAAAAAAAAGAAUUGCCUUUUCGCCAUUAGUCUUAAGAGGAAGAAAAGAAAAGAGGACAAAAAAAUGUCCAAAGUUGAACUGAAUUCCCAACAAUAACCAAUAACCAUAAAGCACAUAUACAAUUGCAUGUUGUUUUGCAAUCAGUCGAAUAAAUGAGAAAUGUCAAUGUCAUCCAUUUUCAAACGAACAAUAUUCAUCAAAUCAUCAAAGUGUGUAUGUAUUGGAUAUGUCAUAGCACAACUGCACGCUUUACGUUAUCGUUCACGCAUACUACUGCACGAAAGAGAAAUUGUUGUAAACAACACAAUGCAGCAUCUCACUAACAGUAUCAUUGAGUAGCGAUACUUCGAGCGCUCUAAUUGGCAAUUCAGUUCAGUAUCGUGUUGAUUUCGCAUUUUUUUGUCUUCAAAAUCGCAGUGAAAAUACGAUUAAUAUAUAAAAAUACGAUAUUAAUAAAGUUUGUUUAAAACAUAUGAAAAA